AAUAAGAAUGAUUAACUUGCAGCCUAGUUACACACUUCUCACUGUAUUUGCAGUGGAUCUUUUGGCAACCUCCGGAGACAUAACCUUGUCUUGGACGUCACCAAUAUACCCAAAAUUGUAUUCAAACGAUACAUCUAUAAAUCCCCUUGGAAAACCUAUUACCGAAGACGAAGACGCUAUGAUAGGAUCCGUGCUAACUCUUGGGGCUAUGAUAGGUCCCCUGCCUUUCGGUUUCAUCGCGGAAAAGUUUGGAAGGAAACCAGCCCUCUUGUCCAUCGCCGUCCCACAUAUAAUUUCGUACCUUACCAUGGCAUUCUCAAAAAACGUUUACUUGUAUUACUUGGGAAGAGCUCUAGGUGGAUUAGCGAUGGGAGGCGGCUACUCAGUGUUGCCAAUGUACCUUGCUGAGAUAUCAAAGGAUUCUAAUCGUGGAGCAAUGACACAAACCUUAAAUGUCUUUUGGGCUACUGGAAAUUUCCUGCCAUAUGCCAUAGGUCCGUACAUUUCUAUUUUGUAUUUCAACAUAAUUCUGGCUUGUAUUCCCAUAACGUUUUUCUUGGUGUUCUUCUUCGUUGGCGUGGAAACACCUUAUUAUUUAGUCAGAGUAAAUAAAAUUACGGAAGCUGAAGAAGCCCUUAUGCUUCUUAGAUCGUCUGAUCAAAAAGAGGUACAAAAUGAACUUGAACAUAUUCAAACGUGUAUAAAUGAGGAAGAAAAAGGAAAUUUCAUCGAUAUAUUCAGGAAAACAGAACUAAGAAAAGCCCUUAUAAUUUGCAUUGUUUUAAUAAUUGCACAGGAAAUUUCCGGAUUCUGUGCAAUAACAUUUUAUUUGCAACCCAUAUUUGAUGCUGCAGGUACAGGCCUGCCUUCCGAUAUUUCAGCAAUCGUAAUUGGAUUCUCUAUGUUGGUUAGCAGUUUCUUUGCUCCUUUCCUCAUAGAAAGGGCGGGCAGAAAAAAACUGACUAUAUACUCGUGCUUUGGAAUGUUUUUGUCCCUAACUAUACUGGGAGCUUUUUUCUAUAUCCAAGACUCAUCCAACCUAAGCACAGAUUCAAUAUUUUGGUUACCUAUUUUCAGCCUAAUGUUAUACAUCUUCUCAUUCAAUUUCGGAAUAGGAUCUGUACCUUGGACAUUGUGUUCGGAAUUGUUCCCAAGCAGCUUCAAACAGUUCUCUUCUACCACGGUGUCUAUAGUUUGUUGGAUAACUUCGUUCAUGGUAACGAAAUUUUUCAACAGUAUGAACUAUGGAAUGGGAAUUGCCGGCACCUUUUGGUUCUUCGGGGGAACUUGCCUUCUUGCAACAAUUUUCAGUAUAUUGUGGGUACCAGAAACCAAAGGAAAAAGUUUCAUUGAAAUACAAAACAUGUUGAGAGGAAAAGGGUCUGAGGUUAGUGCACUGGAUCUACAAGAUACAUAAAUUAGGCAUAUACUUGAGUUGAGUUCAGAAAUCCGAAAAAUUGAAGUUAUUUUUCGACAUUGAUGAUAUGAAGAUAAUAAAGGAUGGUAUAAAUUUCAUAUGCCUUUAGGAAUGUGAUUACGGAGCAGUAAAAACGGAUUUCUUACAAUAACAGCAUUUUUGCUACCAAUUUACUCAGGUGUUUUCUAUUUCAGUUGUAUCUAGAUGAAGUUUAACAGAAUAAAAAGCAGUUCUGAACACUCAAGGAAGAAUUCAUGGGAACUCACUAAGUUAAAUAUUAAUAAUUAUUAUUUAUAUAAGAUAAAUGUUUUGAUAAAUAAAUCAUCUACAAUUGU